AGUCUGUGAAGCCCAUAUAAACAACCAGAGGGUUGUCCCUCGAAAGAUUUGGAAUGGCAGAUUCAGACGAAGAAUCCGAUCGCCGACGCAACCGUGACAAAUUCCGCCGCGAACGAAGCGAUAACGAAGGACGUCGUCGCCCAGGUGAUAAACGUGAGCCUUUCGACGACCGAUCAGGAACUGUUGGCGUCACAUCUAUACGAGAUGAUUACCGUUUGUCUGGGGAAAACAGAGGUGAGCGUGGACGCUCACCACCUGCAGAACCUCCAUACAAACGACCUAGAAAGGAGCAAAAUGACGAUUUAAGGUCAGCUUCUCACCUGCGUAAGGAUUCCAAAAGUGCGAAUACGGCAGAAUAUGAUAACAUGUACAGACCUCCGAUAAUACCGUUCAAACGAUUCCUUGAUCCCUUGGAUGAUCUUAUAACAGAAGAAGAGGCGUGCAGUAAAUACAAAGAGUACAAAGAAGGCUACAUGAAACGUCAUGUGGAAGAAUUCUUCGAAGCCCACAAGAAUGAGGAAUGGUUACGUCUACGUUAUCAUCCCGACUACGUAGAUGGAAGAAAACUUGCUCUUAAUGCAGCAGUCAAACAUCGUUUGGAUGUUUUUAUGGAACUUUUACAGAAAGGUUUUUUCGAAAAUCAGUCUGUUCAAAUGGACAACAGCGAAAACCUUAUAAAACUUAUGGACUCUGUUGUUAUCAAGCUAGAAGGAGGAACUGAUGAAGACUUGAAAAUACUCGAUGAACCUGAUCGUAGUAAAUACUCUGAUGAUGAACUGUUGCAUCAAUCAUCUCAGGCACCUGGACCGAUAUGUUGUGAAAAUAAGAGUGAGGGAGAGGCUGAAUCCGAUGACGACUUUGAUCACAAUACAUCCGAUUCGAAGAAUCUUCAAAAAGCGAAGCAAGAACCUUUCUGUACACAAAGUUGUCCCAUUGUGGAUAACCGGAAAACUAAGCGACGUAGACGGACUAUAUCGAAUAAGUCUGAAAGCUCUGCCCACUCACAAAGUAGUCAAAGCAGUGACAGUGAAAGUGCAUCUUCAAGUGAUAGUGAGCAUGUCGAAAAUUUCCAACCACAACCUGAAAGUAAACCAGAAAUUAAUGAGUUCAGCGGUGUAAAUGACAUCAUAAAGUCUGAUGAGAUUGAAGAUGAUGAUGUGCCCACUCCUACAACUGCUGAAACGCCAACAGGAUGUAAAAAUGAAGACCCUAUAAUAUUUCAUCCUUCAGAUGAUUCACUUGUCAAAAAUCCUAAAGUUGAUGUUUCAAAUAUUACUGGUCAAUCGAAAUCUUCAAAUCCUCCACCAAAGCUAUUGCACAAAACUGCGUCGAUAUUUUUUCGAGCUUUGCCUUCAAGUAUAACAGAAAGCGAACUGAAAGAGCUUUGUGCUUCUCAGCCCGGAUUCAUCAGAUUAGCCCUCUGGGAACCUGUUCCUGAACGUCGAUUUAUGCGGCAUGCAUGGGCGACAUAUGAACCGUCUGUAAACAUUAAAAAAAUUUGUUGGGCGUUAAACACCAGUAAUCUAUUACGCGAAAAGCUAGAUCUUCCAAAUGGUGAGCUUGGCGCCACAGUGAACCGUGAUUUAGCUCAGAGAGUUCGUCCUCUUACUCCUCUAACACGUCAUAAAUCUGUUAUGCGACAAGAUUUACUUCUGGCAGCACAACUUGUUGCUCGGCUGGAUGCAAAAUAUAACCUGUGGACUGAUUCUAACACUUCUGAAUGUAAUGAUAAUGAUGAUGUGAAAACAACUGAAAAGCUCACAGUAAAUGGAGAAUCAGAAACGAAAAAAAGUAAUGAGUAUGCAGCUUUGGAAACGACUAUUAACAGUAAAAAUCCAUUACUUAGAAAUCUGACUGAUUAUUUGGUUGACGAGGGUGGAAGUGAAGAGGAAGCUCUAAUAGCUGAAACUCACGGAGAUGGUGGAUGCGAUAACAAUAUGGUUGGACGUGUUCACACUGUGACAUUAGAAUCUGAUCCGAAUUUGGCUCAUAUCUUGGAUUUGUUAAUACUUUAUUUACGUGUUGUUCAUUCUAUGGAUUAUUAUGCAGGAGCUAUAUAUCCUAUGGAGGAUCUUAUGCCUCAUCGAUGUGGAAUUCUACAUGCUAGAGGUGAUAGAGGUAUUAAUCCUACUGUCCCUGGUGGUCGUACUACUGGUCUAGCUUUUACUCAAAAGGAAAUCAAUGAUCAUUUACAGAGUUUUGCAUUGAAACUGCGCUCUCUCAUCGAUGUGCCAAAAGAUUUAACUGAAGAUGAAAUGAAAAGAUUGGGAAUGAGAGAUCCUGAGAAAGCAGCAGAAGAUUUCAUUGAGGCAAAUAUUCAGAAAAGAACUGGCAAGAAGAAACCGUAAGUCAUAAGACAUAAUAAUGAGGAGCGAUUAACAAGUGUAUCUAUCUCUGUGUUAUUGUUAGCAACAAAUUUGCGUCUAGUUAUCUGUGGAAAUGAGUAUUUGUGUCUGGAGGACCGAUGGGUUGAUCAGACGUGUGUAUCGCAAUAACCCCAAAGAGCUACAUUAAUAUGAACGUUUGUCCCUUGAAGCUCUGUCUUAGUGGUGCGAUUGAAACCAGUUUACCGUUGUAAUGUUAGUGAAUAGCUACAUUAUGAUUGAGGUCCGAUAGCAAACACUGAGAAACAGUUCAGUUGGCUAUUUCUUUGUCCACUAGCAAGUUGAAUAAGGAAUGAUACUACAAUAGGUCGCCUAGUUCUUUUCAAAGUUAUGAAGACUCUAAGUAACCUGAAAUGAGGAAGGCCAGAAGAGUCAAGUGGGCUAAUUACCAGGGGUAGUUAAGAAUAACAGUUACGUAUCAUGCGUUUGACAUGAGCUUGACGCUUCAGGGUUUUGUUUGAAAUAACCAGGAGGGAGGAUAAUCGCUUCAUCGCUUUGAGCGUUUGAUAACUACCGCUAGUAUAAUCACUAGGGUGAACUCUAUCAUUGACCUACAACCUAUACCAGAGAUAUAGGCAAGCAUAUCGGCCGACUCGGUCCUACUCGGGAGGAGGCAACAAGCAUAUUACCCAGCGCCUUCAUCAUACCUCGUGUGCAUUGCGUACUCUCCUUUCGCCCGACGAAGCACGUUACUCAUACUUCUGAGUAAACGGAUUAGGUACCGUAACCAAGAGUAUUCAUAAACAUCUGAGUAGAUCUGCCAUUACCCAUGCCAAGUAGCUUUCUUCACUUGGAAACCCUAGCGCUGGACGGUAAGAUGGUGACUCGGGUACUAUGACGGAGGUCCACCGUCUCACAAGUAGAAACGACAUACCGUAGCCAUCUGAUUCACCAGCAAACCAGGUAUCCGACUAAGGUCGACUAAAUGUGCACCAUCGAUUGGACCAUUCACGCGCGUCACUAAUUGGUGGAUGACAAGAUAUUUGCCCACAUUUUGAGAGUAAUAGUUGCUCUCGAGCCUUUUAAACAAACCGAAAUUUAAAGACAUUCAUCGAACAUAUGCCUUUUAGUGCUGUAGGCAAUGAGCUAGACCUAUUGUGUGAGGGUUAAAGGUACUACAUAAGGGCGUAAACCUCUGUAAGUGGAGCGGAGUUCAAACCCAUAACCCAUUGGUUUUAAGUUGGGUGCCUAGAUCUGUGACGAGCCACAAUUUCACUUGACUGGUAAACUAUGCAAUGUUUCAAUACGUGAUAUUUAAAUAAGGCAGAAUGUAAUCAUACCCAUCCUCCUUUUCAACCUCAGUUUUUUUUUUGAAAUUUUUUGUGUUACACCUUUUUCUCCUGAAAGAAGUUCGUCUGUAUAAGUUAACUAUCAGAAUGGUGAAGACUAUUUGUAGCUCAGGUGGAUGGUCUUGGUUGUUUUGUGUUCUCUGAGCUGGGCUGUUUAAUCUUGGAGCUUUUAUCACCACGACAUCAUCAGCACUAAUGAAAUCAAAUUCACAAUAGAGAAGGAGUCAAACAAUCAACUACCACUCCUUGAUGUUUCAGUCGCUAGGACAAAUGCCGAAAAGCUGGGAACCCAAGUGUACAGGAAGCCAACACAUUGAUCAAACCCUGAACUAUAAUAACAACAACUCAACAGCGCACAGAGUUAGUUGCCUACAGACUAUUCAAAAGAGCAAGAACACCCUGCAGUACAACAAAUUCACAUAGAACC